CACUUCAUAAUAUAAGACCAAUAUCCCAAGCACCAUUUCUCACCCUCUCUUGCACGACUUUUCUUCUCCCCAUAUCCAUAACAAAUGAAGCUGAUCAUGAUGAUCCUUUUUUCGACACCAACUGUGUUUUUCAUUUCUCUGUUUCUACUCCUACUCUCCUCCUCAGUCUCAUCACAACUAUGCCCAAGAAACUGUGGGAAAGUCCCUCUCAGGUUUCCAUUUGGUGGUAUUCCUGGCUGUGGAGACCCACGCUUUCAGCAUUAUGUGAAUUGCGACCAAGAAAGCCUCACCUUCACAACCCACACGGGUUCAUACCCAGUGACCUCCAUUGAUUAUGAAAAACAAGUUAUUUACAUCUCUGACCCUUCCAUGUCAACCUGUUCCUGUACUCAGCCAAGCAAAGGCUUUGGACUUGAUUGGGAUGCUCCUUUUGAUUUCCAUGACGACACCAUCUUUGUUUUGCUUGAUUGUUCAUCCACUUCUUCACCUAUAUACAAUCCCAGUGAUAUAAGUUCUGACAAUAUUGGAAAUAGCUCCAAAGUCCCUUCCUGUGAUACUGGAGGAGUACCCAUUUGCAAUUCCUUGUAUUCUUGCAGACCCAUUAGCACCAAUAAUCUACCAAUCUCUACUUGCUGUGUUUACGCCCCUGUUGAUCUCGGACCGGCGUUUGACAUGGAUUUGGAGACGCUGAAAUGUAGCUCUUACUCUAGUUUUUACAGCUUCAAUGGCAGAGAAUCUGAUCCUAAUAGUUGGAAGUAUGGGAUGGCUCUUAGAUACAAAUUCAAUGUGAAAAAUGAAUUUCCAAGUCCUUGUGACUAUUGUGAAAGGAGUUUUGGAGUUUGUGGGUAUACUGGAGCUUAUAAUUCCUUCAUCUGUAACUGUCCUAGUGGGCUCAAUACCUCAACUGGUUGUCUCUUUGGAGGGCCAUACAACACUGGUUCAACGUUUCUACCAUGGCAGACUGGGGCGUGGUUGGUGUAUUGUUUGCCAUGGCUAUUGGUUUGGCUGCUGUAGAUUGAGAAAUUCAGCACUGCAUGGAAAUUAGCGUCGAAAUCAGAUUGUUAAGGUUUGACGUUUUGUUUUUGGUGUUAGAAAUUUCUCUAUAUUAUUCAGAUGGGGAUAAUUUCAAGUUAAUUAAUUGGCUAAUAAUAAAAAGCCUAGUAACUUUUCUCAAACAUCCAUGAAUGACAGAGUUCUGGAUAUGCUAGUAGUGUCACCUCUUAUAUUACCUGAUAUUUCAGUCUCAACUUUUUUC